AUGGAUGACAAAGGGUCCUGCAGGUCACUGGAGACGGGCCCUGAAAACUGGACCCAGGUAACAGAGUUUGUCCUUCUGAGAUUCCCCAAGAGUCACAUCCUGCAGGCCCUGUUGUUCCUGGGGCUGAUGGUGGCCUACGUGGUAACAGCCACAGGCAACCUGCUCAUCAUUGCCCUCAGCUGGGUGGAUCGCCACCUCCACACACAGAUGUACCUCUUCCUGUGGAACCUGUCCUUCCUGGAGCUGUUGCUGGUCUCUGUCGUGGUUCCCAAGAUGCUGGUCAUCACCCUCAUGGGGGAUCGCACCAUCUCAUUUGCCAGCUGCAUCGUUCAGUCCUAUCUCUACUUCCUUCUAGGCACCACGGACUUCUUCCUCUUAGCCAUCAUGUCUCUGCACCGUUACCUGGCCAUCUGCCACCCGCUCCACUAUGAGACCCUGAUGAGUAGCCGUGUCUGUUCCCAACUGGUGCUGGCCUCCUGGGUAGCUGGCUCCCUCUGGGUCCUCUGCCCCAUCAUCCUCAUGGCCACCCUGCCCUUCUGUAGCCCCAAUGGCAUCGAGCACUUCCUCUGUGACAGUUGGCCCUUGCUGAAGUUGUCUUGCGGGGACAUCCGCCUGCUGGAUCUCUUGGCUUUUGUGUUCUCCACGUCAGUGCUGCUGGGCUCACUGGGCCUGACCUCAGUUUCCUACACCUGCAUUCUUGCCACGGUCCUCCGGAACCCCAGUGCUGCCGAGAGAAGGAAAGCGUUCUCCACCUGCACCUUGCACCUCACCGUGGUGGUCAUCGUCUACGGCAGCUCCAUCUUUCUUUACAUCCAUUUGUCAGAAGCUCAGUCCCUGCUGCUCAACAAAGAGGCCUCUGUCCUGAGCUGUAUCGUCAUGUCCCUCCUGAACCCGUUCACCUUCAGUCUCCGCAACGACAAGAUGAAGCAAGCACUGGGAGACUCUCUGAGGCUGCUGCAGCCCACUGCUGCGAGGAAACUGUGAGGGUCGCAAGUCGGAGGAAGCCUUCCUGUUAC